AUGCAGGUGUUCCGCGAGGCCAUCGAGAAGAACGGUGGGCCGCUGCCGCUCUUGUAUUACUUGCAGCCCGAUGCUGGUAAUACGCCGGACCCUGGCUCGGCGCCGUACCGCGACAAGUCGAUUGACCUCCUCAACACACGCGUUGACCGGCGCACCUUCUUCGAGUGCGUCCUCAGUGAUGCGGACUUCGCGAUUCUGACAACGUUCCUGAUGAGUGGCGUGUCGGUCAACGCAACCCGGGACGAGGAUGGUGCGUCGGCGCUACACAUUGCCGCGGCAGGUACGCUGGAGGUGCUGAACGAUGACGACGCUCAGGGUGGCGGCAGCAGCGGCCAGAUGGCCGGCGGUGACGGUGCCGGAGGUGACAACAUGCGUGGAUUUCACGCUGCGACUCGCGAGACGGAUGAGCGUGCUGAUGACGGUGACGCGAGCAGCGGUAGCACCAGUAGCAUCUUGAACCCGCCGUGCAAGAACCAACUCAUUAUUUCGUUCCUCAUCGACAACGGGGCCGAUGUGAACGCGGCCAUGCACGGUGGUCAUGGGCAGACGCCGCUAAUGAUGGCAGCCUCGCGGCAGAACAUGCGAGUGGUAAAGCUACUGCUGGCGAAGGGUGCCGACCUGAACGUGCAGGAUGCGCAAGGGCGUACGGUGCUGAGCUACGCCGUCGCCUACCCUCACGUGAUGGAGGCGCUGCGGCUGUGGAUGGGCGAGGAGGCCUUCUACGCGGCGGCGGUGCGGGAGCGGCUUCUGCACACGGCGUGCCGCUCCCUCGGCAACGCCUACGCGGCGCUCUACCUCACUGAGCAAAUUGGCCUGGACGUGAACAUGAGCGAUGACGUCGAUGCUGCGGCAGCCGCCGCAACGCCAGCGCCGGUGCAGCCUGGUCAAGCGUUGCCUGUUGACCCGAAGAACCCUCGGCGGGACUGCAUCCAAAACCGCCCCCGCACACCCGGGACUGCGGCGAUGUUCUUCGCUGCUGAUGCAUCAGAGGGGCAGCACAGCGCAUGGAGCAUCGCGCGAUCUUCUGCGAGCUCGGUGUCGCCCACCACGAACGCCACCACAACGGCGCCAGCUAGAAACUUUGCUCACUCCCCCUGUGUCGGCGUUGGCCGUUUAGGUGCUGCCGCGGUCGAAGCCGUCGACAUGGGUGCUUUACACAGCGGUGACACGCCACUUCAUUGUGCGGUGAGCACCGUCGACGUGGCCCUCGUGCGAGCGCUACUCAGCAAGGGUGCCGACGUGCACGCGGCCAACCACAGCGGUGUCACACCGCUGCAGCUCGCCCGGUCGCAGUCGUCGCUUGCCCAGUCGUGGAAGCAGUACUGGAAAGACGAGCUUAUUGUGAUGCUGUGGCCCACGUCCGCCAGCGCCGCCGCUGCCCUUCGCCGGCAUCGCGAGCUGCAGCGCGACAAGAGCCCGCGCAAGGUGCGCGCGCUGCUGACGGCCUACAGCCACGCGAACACCACGCAAUCACGUGAGAAAGUGGUGCGCGAGGAGCCAGCGCUGUACCUGUGGAAGCGCCACACUCCCAUGGACGUGGUGCUGCUCGUCGCGACGGCAACGCUGCCGCACGUCUUCUUUUACAUCUGCUGUUGCAUCAUCCGCAACUUUUUCGUGUUGUUGUGUCUGCUGCCGCUCAUAUACGGCGUCUACGUCGGGAUGCAGCGCCUCGACAGACGCCGUGCUCAAAGCCGUUCCCUUACGGACUUGGGCUGGUGCGUUGGCUUCGUCCUCGCGCAAGGGCUGUGCCUGCUGCUCUGCACCACGUAUUACUAUCACCAGUACUACAGCUUUCACAUGGAGGACCACACAGCGCUCAGCUGGCGGCUUGUCCCGGUCGUCACGGCGACUGGGGUGCUCGCGGCGUACGUGGUUCUCUCCUCUCCGGGACUCGUGACGAGCACCGAAGGGCAGCGCAAAGGCAUCUACGCCAGUCUGCGAAACGCCCAGGGCGAGUACGAGAGAGAGCUGCUGUACAGCAUUGAUCUGCGCACCAUGGUCAAGAAACCGCUGCGAGCGCAGUACUGUCCGCAGCUGCGGCGCGUCGUGCUCCGCUACGACCACUUUUGUGGCUACCUGAACACCGCCAUCGGCGGCGGCAACCACCGUGCGUUCUUGUGGCUGCAGGUCGCGCUGCUAUCCAUGCUGGGCUGUUUCUACUACUACGCAUGCGAGUACAGGCGUCUCAUGAACAGUUUCGCGGGCUUGGCUCGCACAUCGGCGGCGGCGGCGGGUCGCGCUCCGGGGCACAGCACGACCCGCGUGGCAGUCGCGAUGGAAAUGGAUCGUGCUGUUAUGGAGAAAUUUGAAACAGCGCUGCUCGCGACGGCCUGGCGCCGCUUCGCCUACACGUACUCCCAGGUGAUCCUGCCCUUGAUGAUCCUGAUGGUCGUGUAUGCCCUCUGCACCCAGCUACACGCUAUAGCCCGUAACCUGACCUUCUACGACGUUGAGCACAGCGAGGACGAGAGCAGCCUGUACUGCUUCACGCUGGGCAGCAGGGUCUACAGCCUGUUCGACAACGGCAUAUGGGCGAACCUCCGCGAGUUCUUCGGCUGGUCCUCACUCACGCAGAAGGUGUACCGGGUUCCGCAGAUCAACCCCUACCUGCAGCAAGUCGUCAAGGAUCAUCAACGGUGGCAGUUGACCGGCGGCGACGCCUGCUGCGAUGACAACGAUCGUCAGCAUCAGUCCUGCACGCACGCAAGCGGCGCUGCCUGCAAAUCUGGUGCAGCAGCAGCAGCAGGCACCACCACCACGGCGGGUGCAAUGGCAGGGCCAGUCGAGUUAGAGGAGUGCGAGUCUACCCGAGCUCAGCCGAUGCUGAGGGCGCCACAGCAUAAAGCACUCGCCGCGGCGGCAGCAUCCGCCAAUGUCGGGGGGCCUCCCCAGGGACGUGAGGCAGCGCAGCAGGAGCGGCAGCCAGCGUCACAAGCCGAGGAAGGCGGAGAAGAGGUGCACGAUGAGGCCGAAGACUACGCUGACAACGGCGGUGGUAAUUACGGCUCAGCACUGGCAAUGCACAUCUUUCAAGAGAUGAUCCGCAGCGGCGGCACGGUUGUUGACCGUCGUGACGCCAUAGACGUCACGGCGCACGGUGGCGGCGCGGGUGCGGAGACGCAGCAGGAGUGGGAUGCAGCGGUGGAGAAGGCGAGGCAGAUGUACCACUUCUACCGACAGUCGAUCGGCGGCACCGGCGACGGUGGUUACUGA